UCGCAUUGCCAUUGAUGGAGCUGGAAAAAGUUAAAUUCGUCUGCUCUAUUUAAAAAAAAAUUUCACGUUUAAUUUCUUCAACUAACUAUUGUAUUAACGAAAAAAUAAGUUAGCAUGCUAUUAGCGGAGUGUAUGAAGUUUUUAACUUGUCGACGAUGUCCAUCUUUAUGUUCUAGUUAUCGUCUUUGUGCUAAUAAUCGUUUUUAUAGUAAGUAUGAAACUUGUAAUAAAGGAAACAAGCAAAAGACAGCGUUUUUAUGCUAUAGCUUUGGAGUAGCAUUAGGAUUCGGUUUAAUAUCAUAUGCGACGUAUGCUAGUCGUAAUAAACGAUUCAAAGUUUCUUCUGAAAAUGGUUUAAUAUUCCAAACAUUACGUGUUGUAGAAUGCUUUGCACGGGAUGAAAAUAAAGCUAGUCCGAGAUCAAUGUUCAACUUCUUAGCUGAUGUCGUUGAGAAAACGGCUCCUUCAGUGGUUUACAUUGAAAUAAACGCCAGGCAUCCGGUUACAAGACGAAAGAUUCCAAUAUCAAAUGGUUCUGGAUUUAUUGUAAAAUCUGAUGGGUUAAUAUUAACGAACGCACAUGUUGUCUCGCAUCAUGGACAUGUUGUAGUGAAACUGUAUGAUGGCCGUGAGUUAGAUGGAGUCGUUGAAAACUUGGAUACAGAAACUGAUCUUGCAACUGUGAGGGUUAAAGCUAAAAAUUUACCUGAACUUCCUCUUGGACAGUCUGCAAAACUGCGUGCUGGGGAAUUCGUAAUUGCCUUGGGUAAUCCUUUAACACUGAGUCAUACUAUAACUGCUGGCGUUGUGAGCGCAGCAAAUAGACAAGGUAAAGAAAUAGGGUUGCAUAAAAAAUCAGACUAUAUUCAAACAGAUGCUGCUAUAAAUGUAGGAAACUCUGGCGGUCCUUUAGUUAAUUUGGAUGGGGAAGCUAUAGGUAUCAAUACUAUGAAAGUUACAGAAGGCAUAUCAUUUGCUAUUCCUUCAGAUCAAGCCAUAGAUUUUUUAAAAAGAACAGAAGCAAAACAAGCAACAUGGAAUCCUUUUAACAAGAACGCUUCUUCAAGCCAAAAGCAAAAAUAUUUAGGAAUAACUAUGCUGACCUUAACUCCAACUAUAGUUCAAGAACUGCGAGAGCGUAAUCCUUCAUUUCCAAAUGUGGAUCACGGUGUGAUGGUUUGGAGAGUCAUGCUGGGAUCACCAUCAUUUGAGCAUGGUAUCCAACCAGGUGAUGUCAUUACCAAAAUUAAUGGUAAAGAUGUAUUUUCAGCAUCUGAUGUAUAUAGUUUUCUGAAUUCAGAAGAUGUUCUUAAUUUGCAUGUGAAGCGAAAAACAAAAGAACUGGACAUAACAGUAGAGUUGUAUGAUCCUCUGUCAUCAUGAUUACUAAAAUGUAUGUGAAGAGCAUGAUUUAAUGUCUUGGGGUAAACAAAACCUUCAAAGGCAGCACAACGGUUUUCGUAUUUGAAGCAUCACGUAAAAGGUUGUCCCACAAGAUGUACAAGACAAUCAUUUGUCUCUGCAUUAAGACAUUGGAUGUGCCGCCCGUCUGAUUUAACCGCAGACAACCUGCCAAUGGACACAACAGAACCAAAGAAUAUCGUUGACAGAACCCCGAUAACAUGCCUCAUGCUUUUUCAUUUUUACUUGAUGCUAUUUUUUCUGCAAAUGCUCGACUUUCUGUGCUAUUUACAGUCUUUUGAAGAUUUGAGCCUAGAGUGAUGUGAAUGCAGUUUUUUACUGUCAUUUAAAUAGAAUUCAUCUAUUUAAUUAUCGAAAAGGUAUGUUGCAUUGAGAAGCACCCAGGCAAUGCCAGGUAGUAAGCUAGUAUACUAUAUAGUAUUCAAUCUUUUCCCCUCUCCACCAUCUACACAAAUUCUAAAUGACGGGCCUGCAUCCCACUACAUCUUAAUUUAAGUUUUACUUUUUCUUCGGCGCUACUAUAGAUGUAGUUUCAAUAGGUAACAGAAGAGUCGGCUUUCAUUCUUGCAAACUCUGGCUUAAAACAAAAGUAAGGAAAAUAGAAAACAAAAAAAAAAAAAAAAAAUUUUUCUCUGAUAUAGUAUCUUCUUUUAUAAAGCAGAGAAGAAAGGUAAAAAAUUUAUUUUUUCCUCACACACAUUUCCCACUACAUUUUUUUCAAACAUACAUUUGAUUGAACCAGGAUUCAAUGUAUUUGGUAUUUGAAUUCUCAGAUGCUGUCUUUCUAAACAGAUCAUUUUAAAGUACGAAAAAAUCAGCAAAUAUUUUGGGCAACAUCAAUGAUUCUUAAAUACUUGAACUACUUUCAAUCUACUACUUUUAUCUCACCGUCAGGAUUUGAAGCUAAGGUAACCUGCGUGUAAACGCAUUCAUUUUUUAAAGUUAUAGAUCUUUGAAACAAAGAAUGACUAAAUAUUUAAUGCACAAUUUUAAUCACAAAGAAAUCCGAUUAAAGUCUAGGUACAUUACAACCCACCCAAGAAAUUGAAAAAAAAAAAAAAAAACUAGCACUAAGAAUUAUUAACGUUGAAAAAAAAAAUGCUGGCCUGUGGGAAGGGGCCCCACAUAUUUUGUUGCAGGGGCCCUCAAAAUUUAUAGAUACAGGCCUGAAAGAAAAUUUAUUUGAAUGCCUCUUUCGAUGUAACAAUAUACAGUAUCCAAUUCUUCAAUGGGGAUACCAGACAUUGUUAACUGCAUUUGAAUUCGUAGACUUGAAUUUUCAUUUUACUGUAAGUUUUUUGGAAUAACUUGACUUUUUUUCUUUUAAAGUCAUUCUUGAAAAUGUACUGGAAAACAUUUGAAAUGAGCAGCAAAUUUCGAUCCCCCCCCCCCCUCUUUUUUUUACCUGGGAGAGUGAAAGUCUCUGACGACUAAUCCAAUUUUUUCUGCGGACCGGUGCCAGUUCUCCGGACUACCGAUUGAGAAUCGUUGGACUAUUGUUAUCAUGUUUUUAUUGUUUUCAUUUUUGUAUGGAUCUCGUCAUUUGUAAUAUUGCUGUAUAUUUUGCACCUGGUUACGUUAUGAAAAUAAAAUGUCUUCAUGUUUCUAAGAAAAAUCCCCUAAAAACUAAUUAAUAACUCCUUAAUAUGGAUUUAUUUAAAAAAAUUUCCGUUUUCAUGCAUUUAUAUGUACUAAAGUCAAAGGAAGCAAAAAUAUGUAAUUGUAUAUGUAUCUGCAUUUGUAUUUAAUCUGGGUUCCAAUACUAAUAACAGUAACUAAUCAUUCUUUUGGCAGUCCAUUUUGCAAACGCAAUUGUUCCACUUGCCUGAAAUAAUUGAAAAUAUUUUUAGAAUAAUUUUUAGCAUUCAAUGCUGCAGUUAAAUAGCUCUCAUAUGUAUCUGUUGAAGUUUGCUUAGAAAUAAAACAAUAAAUAAUUAUUUGAAUAUAAAUAAAUGUAAUAUUGUCUUGAGAAAUCAACCAAUUUAUUUGUGUGCCAGUAAUUAGUAUAAGAGGACAAAUGUAUUUCGAACAAUUAUUCAUUCAUAAAAAUUGUCUUACAUGAUUGAAGUGAUUCUAGAUGAUAAUAUGACAAAUUUAAUGCAAAGGAAGUUUUCCCGAAGUUCAUAAAAAGUAGAACCUAAAGAAAGUUUCAUGUGAUUGUACAGUUUCAAAGACUGCAUACGUUAUGACUAAAAAACUAAUUGUUGUAGCUGUUUUAUAUGUAUUAUAAAUGCGAACACAUUACUAUGCAAUGUAUUUUGAUGGAUAUUUUGUUUUACCAAGACUUAA